GUAUUUCAUUUUUAUUUUAGAAGGAAAACUAUAAACAUUUUAUUUUAAAAUUCUCUUUCAAAUAUUAAUUAAAUUGGGAUUUCUGUUGUACUCGAUGAAAGCAGAUUGUUUUAAAAUGAUUAUAUUUUCUUCCUGCAGGUGGCGGUAAAGCGCCCUCCCCCGUUGUUGCGCCAUCUCCGUUUAGCUCACAUUUCACGCGAAGAAGCAGCUUUGACUCCUCAUUACGCUGAAGCGAAACUGCUCGCACUCUCUAGCCGAGCUCCAGCUCUUCAUUCUCGGCGACGACACGCAACCAACCUCGGGCGUCACUUUCCCCGGCUCGCAUCCUCCCGAAGUCCGGGAUGGCUUUCCUGGCGAAGCCUACUCCCGGCAGGCUGCCGCUGCUGGACGACACCGUCCCGCUGACUGCGUCUAUCGAAGCCAGCCAGAACCUCCAAUCCCACACGGAGUACAUCAUCCGAGUGCGAAGGGGCGUGUCCUCAGAGAACAGCUGGCAGGUCAUCCGGCGCUACAGUGACUUUGAUGUUCUCAACAACAACCUGAUGGUGUGCGGCAUCAACCUCCCGCUACCGCCCAAGAAGCUGAUCGGCAAUAUGGACCGGGAGUUUAUCGCCGAGAGGCAGCGCGGCCUGCAGGCCUACUUGGACGCCGUUACCCAGCAUCCUUUGCUGUGCGCCGCCCUGCCCGUCAAGAAGUUUCUGGACCCCAACAACUAUGCUGCUAAUUACACAGAGAUCGCCUUGCAACAGGUCUCCAUGUUUUUCCGCUCGGACCCCAAGUGGGAGGUUCUGGAACCCCUCCGAGACAUUGGUUGGAGGAUCAGGAAGAAGUAUUUUUUGGUCAAAAACAAAGAACAAGCCAAGGAGAGGUGCUUGCUAAGCUGGGUGGACUUGGGCCCUGACAAGUUCUUAUCUGACAAAGACCUGCAGUCCAGCAUGAAGCUCCUCGCCGGCCUUUCUAGUCCGUACUUGUGCCCGCUUUUGUUCUCAAGCACCAGCGAGUCUUCGGCGCUCCUCAUCCGACCUUUCAGCGAGGCCGGAUCCUUACGGGAUCACGUCUGUAAGGUGAAGCCCAGGGAGAACUACCUGAAAAAAUACGGAAACCCCAAGAAGUUUCAGCCGCUGGAGUUGUCUCAAAUCAGACUGUACGGCCGACAGAUACUGGAGGGUCUGCGGCUCCUCCACGACGGCGGCUUUUUUUUCGGCCACCUUCACGCCUCCAACGUGAUGGUGGAGCAAGGCGCGUGUCGCCUGACGGACGUGGAGAAUGGACUGCUGGGAGUUCCCUCGGCACUGCGACCCGUCGUCACCCGCUUCAGGAAGAUUAACACAACAGAAAGCAUGGACGUCUUCUGCUUCGGCCACUUACUCUACGAGAUGGCUUACGGCCGACCGCCCGAAAGCGUCCCCGUGGACGAUUUUUCCGACAUCCCUCACCUCUCCGUGGUGUCGGUGCUGCGGUCCAUUUUGUCCACCGAGGCCUGCAAAUCGGGGAUGCCGACGGUUUCGCAGAUCAUUCAGACAUUGCUGUUCGCUGAUGUACCACUACAACACUCGGAGAAAGCACAGAUCAGGGUGCCCAGCAGGCUGAAGGAAGCCCUGAAGGCGGCCAAGGAGCGCUUGGAGAAACGUCUGCAGGAGGAACAGAAAAUGCUGCACCAGCACAGACGGCUAACCCGAGCUCAGUCCCAUCACGGCUCCGAGGAGGAGAGGAAGAGGAGGAAAAUUCUAGCGAGGAAGAAGUGCAAGCAGUCGACGUGUGAAAAUGAAGAUGACGUCUCGCUGCGAAACAACAAUAACUCUGGCUCAGGUGCCAGUUCCCCACCCACGUGUCCCUCGUCCCCCACGCCGCCUCCGACAGGCGUUCUUCCUCCUCCUCCUCCACCAAUGCUGGACAGCUCUUCGUCCUCCUCCUCUUCCUCCUCUGUGGCCACGCCCCUCCCUCAAGGUCGCCCCGCCUUGUUGAGCUCCAUCCAGGCCUUCAACAAAGACAAGUUGAAGAAGGCCCGCACCGUAGAUCGCAGCCGGCCCGUCUUUCCAACAUAAUCUUGGUUUAUCGUACUUGUUUUUUGGGGGGUGGUUUCAUGGCGAUCCGGACGAAUGCUGGAAAAAUGAACGCCGACCCAGCGCGGUGGAGAUAAAAUCCAGCUGCUUGUCCUUGAGCUAGACCAUUUCCGGAUUCCCAGACUGGAGCUGUAAAUUCUUACAACGGGUUGACACGUAUUACUUAGAAGUUUUUGGGAGGUUAUUUUGAUGUUUAGGUAAAUCUGGGGGAAAAAUACUGCGAUUUUCAGUGAGGGAAGAUAAUAAUAAUAAAAAGUGAAUUCAGGAGAGAAUUAAAAAUUUUAUCUUUAUAUUAUGCAGACAUUUUUUUCAUAAAGUAUUUUUUUUGGAGGGGGGGAAUGUCUCAUUAGAUAAUGUAGCGCCAAAUUUUGGGGGCGGGGGGCAUAAUGGAAGUAUUUUUUUAGAUAAUUUGGAUGAAUGAAAAAUAAUAGGAAUAAAAACAUGCAUUUUUUUGUUUAAAAUAUACACUAUCAACAAGAGAAAACUUUAUUUGGUUCGCUGAAAAAACAAAUCGUAACGUCAAACUUUUUUCUUUUUUUUUUUUUUGCUCCAAUUUGUUUUUAAAAAGUUCUUUGUAAUUUGAAUGAAUGAAAAAAUAUCUAUAGUAGUAUUUUGGAGAUACAUGUUUUUUUUUUGUUUAUCUUUUUUUGAAGAGGGGAGUAGCAUUUUUUUCCCUUUUUGAAAAGUGUCCAAUCAGAGCCAUUUUGUUGCGGGGGGAGGGGACAAAAUCGCCCAAAAAGUAUUUAUAUUUUGGAUAAAUGGAAAAAAAUGCACCAAUAAUAUUUUGGGUUUAAAAAAAAUCUCCAACCAGAGCUUGAAAAAACACUAAAUUGGAUCCUUACAAAAAUAAUUGUAAUGGUAAAGAGAUUAAUGUUUUUUUUUUUUUUUUUUUUUUUUUUUUUAAUUCAAAAAGUUUGGGGGUUUCUUUUGUUUCCACAUUAAAAAAAUAAUAGUAUGUUUUUUUUUCUAGCGCCAAUUAUUUAAAAAAAGGUUAGGAUGAAUGAAAGAAAUGCAUAUAGUAAUUUAUUUUUUGUUAUUUUGGGGAGGGGUGGAGCAUUUUUUCGCAUUUGAAAAAGUGUCCAAUCACUGAAUCUCAAACUGGUUUAAAAAAUAUAUAUAUAUAAUAAAAAAUUUCGGAAAAAAUGAAAAGAUACACCAGUAAUUUUGUUUUGAAAAAUCUCCAGAGCUUCAAAAAAAAAUUGUAAUAGGAACAUUAAAAUGAAUAAUCAUAAUGACAAAGAUCUUUUUUUUUUAAAUUAAAAUAUUAAUAUUUGUUGUUUUUUUGUUGUUGUUGUUUAUUUUAAACAUUUAUUUGUCCCAAUGAAAAAACAAAAUUUAAUAUUAAUUUAUUACAAUUUCUUAAAGGGGAAAAAAUUAAAAGAAUAAUAGUAAUGACACAGAUGCAUGAUUUUUUUUUUUUUUUGAUUCAUUAAAAACAAAAUUCUUGGCUUUUUUAUUUAGACAAAUUACAAAGUACAUAAGGAAAAAAAACUUUUUCUUUCAUUAAAAUUUUUUUAAUUUUUCUAAAUGGAAAAAAGUACAAUUGCAGAAGCUUUAUUUUUGUAUAAAAUGACUUCUCCCUCCAAUUAAAAAAAAAAUCUAGAUUUUAUUUUUGUCUUCAUUUAAAAAAAUAAAAUCUUUGAAAAUUGUCUAAAUGACAAAGCAAAGCAAAAUUGGAGAUGCAUUUUUUUUUUUUAAAGACAAAAAUGACCCCCACUAAAAUAUAUAAUUGGAGAUGCACGAUUUUGUAUUUUCUUGCAGUAUGUUAGAAACUAAAAUGGUUAUAUAAACAAUUAUCCAGUUGAAAUGAUAUAAUUUUUAUUUUUUUAAUCAAAAAAUAUUUUUCCAAAUAAAAAAAAGCUUUUAAAAUUUAGUUGAAAUAGAAGCUGAAAUAUAUUUUCACAAAAAAACAAAGUAUAAAUAUUAAAAUCAAAGUUGAAAUAUUUAAAAGAAUGAAAAUGAUCCCUUCUGUUUUCAACCCCACCUCUCUCCCCCUAAAUGCUUAUUACCAUUUUUUCAAAGUAUUUCAGCAAACGUGGCGAACAAAAAACAUCUAUUCACUGAAUAACUUUUCCAUUCUAUCCUGACAAAAGCACAUUACAAGCACAAAACAUUGUUUUGGCAACCAAACAUUAGAGAUGCGAAUAGCUUUUAAUUUCUCCUGAGUGCGUAACGACAAUUUUUAACAAGUAAAAUUGUGCCAUUUAUGCAUACUACGAUCCUGGUGCCUAUCGAUGAACAUUUCCCAUGAGACUUUGCGGGACGAUUUCAGCGGAAAUGUCCCAUCGUUUGAAUGUUAGCGGCUCAUUUUUACGCGAUCCACUUGUUCCUCCGCAGCACUUUAAUGCAAAUUUUAUGAUGUUGUUCUAGAGAAUAAAGCUCCAAUUAAUGUUGGUUUGAUCAUAACACAGUCUUAGUGUUUAUUUUUCUACCCCAACAAAAAUAUAUCGAAAAUAUAUGAAUUUAUUAAAUAUCUCCAAAUAUGAUGAAGUGGAUGCUCAAGGCAAAGUUUUGUAUGCAAAAUAUUUGUAGAGGAGGUUUAAAAAGAGAUGAAUUUGUAUGAAAUGUGAAUGUAAAAUAUUCAGAAUAGAUGCUUUAUCAAUAAAAUAAUUCAUGAACGUUUUUCAGUAUUU